UGGACACGGGCAGGGGCAGACUGACCAUUCGAGCACUCGGGCACUGCCCGAGGACCCAGGGUCAGUAGGGGGCCCCAUGAAAUGCCCCUGGAACUUUUUUAUAGGCUUUUUUGAGUGUGGGCAAGGACACAGGGGCCCCAUGAUCCCCUAUUGCCCAGGGGCCCCAUGAGUUGUCAGUCCGCCCCUGGACAUGGGUCAGCAGGCACCCUUAGUAUCAUCCAUGAGUGCAAAGUGUGCGGUGCACACGGGCCCCGAGAGAGAUGGAGCCCACUGUGUUUGUAGGCUUUUUCAUGUAUGGGUGAGGACACAGGGGCCCCAUGAUCCCCUAUUGCCCGGGGGCCCC